ACACCCGUAAAAAGAAUUUAAAAAAAUGACAACAGCGUCUUCACCCCAUCAGUAUCUGCAUCCUACUGUUGAAGCCCAUUAAAUUAAUAACCAAAUCCAGUGGUGCCCCCCCCCCCCCCAAAAAAAACGAAAAUUGAUACCUAAAACUGAAAAAUAUUUUCAGAGCCCCUAAACUCGCAGUACUCCGACGAUGAAGUGACACCUGAGUUUAACCUCUCCACGAAGAUGUCCUACAACAAGAAGGUGUCGUACUUUUACAACCCUGACGUGGGUAAUUUCCACUACGGUCCGGGCCACCCGAUGAAGCCCCACAGGCUGUCAGUGAUCCACUCCCUGGUCCUCAACUACGGACUCCACAAGAAGAUGCAGAUCUACCGUCCCUACCGUGCCAGUACCCACGACAUGUGUCGCUUUCACUCAGACGAAUACGUCGAUUUUCUCCAGCGAGUGACCCCCCAGAAUCUCCAGGGCUACACCAAAUACCUGAGUCACUUCAACGUCGGAGACGAUUGUCCAGUGUUCGAGGGCCUCUUCGACUUCUGCUCGAUGUACACCGGAGCCUCGCUGGAGGGUGCAACGAAGCUGAACAACAACUGCUGUGAUAUCGCCAUCAACUGGAGUGGAGGACUGCAUCAUGCAAAGAAGUUCGAGGCCUCUGGCUUCUGCUACAUCAACGACAUCGUUAUAGCCAUUCUGGAGCUCCUGAAGUACCACGCGAGGGUCUUGUACAUUGACAUUGAUGUGCACCAUGGGGAUGGGGUGCAGGAGGCGUUCUAUUUGACGGACAGGGUCAUGACUGUGUCGUUCCACAAGUAUGGAAACUACUUUUUCCCCGGGACUGGGGACAUGUACGAGAUUGGGGCGGAGAGCGGGAGGUAUUACUCGGUGAAUGUACCCCUGAAAGAGGGCAUUGAUGAUGCCAGCUAUGUGCAGGUAUUCAAACCAGUAAUUUCACACGUGAUGGAGUUUUUCCAGCCUACGGCAAUAGUCCUCCAGUGUGGAGCAGACUCCCUGGCGAACGAUCGACUCGGUUGCUUCAGUCUCAGCACGAAAGGCCACGGGGAGUGUGUGAAAUUCGUACGAGACCUAAACGUCCCCUUAUUGACGGUCGGAGGAGGUGGCUACACCCUGAGGAACGUCGCAAGAUGCUGGACCUAUGAGACGUCUCUCCUCCUCGACGAGCAAAUCAGCAAUGAACUUCCCUACACAGAGUACCUCGAGUACUUCGCCCCUGACUUCACCCUCCACCCUGAGGUCGUCACCAGGCAGGACAACGCCAACAGCAAACAGUAUCUCGAGGCCAUCACCAGGCAUGUCUACGAUAAUCUCAAGAUGGUUCAGCAUUCUCCAUCUGUGCAGAUGCAGGAUGUACCUUGUGACGCUCUACCACCUGAUGGAGACAGACAGCCUGAGCCUGAUCCCGAUUCGAGGCACAAUACUCAGGACACUGAUAAAAUCACUGAGCCUGCUAAUGAGUACUACGGAGGGGACAAGGAUCAGGAUAAAAUGGAUGUUUCUGAGUCGUGAUUUUGAAGGGUUCACCUCAAUUCUGUGGCUGAGCGAUCGAUCAAGAUAAGUUGAGGAUUCUCACGUAUGAAAAAAUCGUAUAGAAAUUUUCCAUAGGAUUUUCGUAUAUGACAUUUGGGUAUUUCUAUACGGAUAUUUUUUACACAAAUUAUUUUGAUACGAUUCCUAUAGGUUUGAUCCUAUACGACCUACUGCCACAUGUGUGGAAACUUUUCUCAUGGAGUUGCGACAUUUCUCUACGUUUUUCUCUGGAGCGUUUAGACAUCCUUCGUAGGAAUACAAA